AUGAUUUCAAACAAGCGACGCCAAUUGCCUUCCUCCAUUCUCGUGUCUACUGCUGUAAUCUCGGCAGCAGCAAGCGUGUAUGCAGCUCCACCACCUUAUCCACCAACAACAGAAGAGGACAAUGGUGACUCGGAUGAUAAAGGCAAAGACAUCAUCAAUGAUCUUGCAGAUGAAUGGUCUUCCGAUAAUGAAAGCAAGGACAGCAGUAAUGAUGAAGAUGAUGCAUUACCCCUGGAUGACCAGCAAGAUGUUGGUGUUGAUACGCAAGAAACCACCAAUGAUGUUGACAAUGAAGAGGGUGGAUUGUUAUCGGACAAUGAUACCAGCAAUGAGGAAGAAGUGACAGCCGAGAAUGAUGACAAUGAAACCCUGCAGGAACCAUCGACGCAAGAUGUUGACAAUAACAUUGCCGAUCUCGACCCUGAAACAAAAGCAUUGGAGGAAGCUGCAGCGGCUGUAGAUGCUGGUACCGCCGUAGCCAAUGACAAUGAUACAUCCAAUAUCGAUGAGUCCAAUGACGAUGGUUUGGAUAACGUUGAUGACAGCAUUGAUGAUAAUCAAGAUACGGUUGAGGAUGAUCAAGCUAUUGACAGCGUUGAUGAUAAUCAAGACACUAUUGAGGAGGAUCAAGUUGAAGACGACGUCUAUGAUAAUCAAGAUACUAUCGAGGAGGAGGAUCAAGCUGAACCAUCGAUUGAUGAGGACACCGAGACUUCAAGUGAUAUCACCGAGGAAGUGGAUUAUGACAUUUCAGACUUGGAGAAUGGUAGCGAUGGUGAUGCCAUGGAAACGAAUAGCGAUUUUGACGCUUCGGAGGAGACAUUCAAUGAAGCAGCAUUGGAAGAAGCCGAAGAAAAUGAGCAGCAGCAGCUAUCAACUGAAGUGGAAGAGAGUCUCGAUACACAAAUCGAAUCAUCAUGGAUGGAAGAUCAAAUAGACCAAGAAUUGGCCAAGAGCACUACUGAGGAUGAACCACCUGUCAUUGACAACAGCAAUUCUGUACCUGAUAUUUUCGGUGAUGAUGAAACAAUGACUGCACCACCAGCAACAUCGCCUGAGGAGGACAACGACGACAAUGUGGAGUACACUUUUACUACAUCAGAUAGCCUGGAUGAUACCCAACAAGACGAAUCCAUCGAUGUGAAGAAUGAAUAUCCCACGGAUGAUAUCAACAAAGAGAUUGAUGAUGCUUUGGACCAAGCACAAAAGGUGGACAACAACGUGCUACCAACACCACAAGCUGCUGAACAAGACAUGCCACCUACAUUUAACAAUGCUCAGGGUACUGAAAAUGUAUUCCCUUCAGCGGAUCAGCAAACCAUUGGUGAUAAUGCGGAUACUGAAAGUAACAGCUCAGCACUCAACUUGCUCCUCAUUCUAUGUGUGCUCAUAUUCUUGGUGCUCAAGGCUCCCAAGAUCAAGCGUUGGGUCUAUGGUCGUGCUGUGAACAAUUCCUUACCGUACCAUGCUGUUCCAAAGCGAGGCCAAGACUAG